UGCUUCCUUUCUGCUUCACUGAGUUUAGGAUCAUCAAAAUUGCAGCCAUUUAGGCUCCUGAUUUCCAUCCAGUACAAAAAUCAAGAUGUGGCUGUUUAUUAUAACUUAUUUGAUGUAUGGUAUUGGGAAGUUGGAAGGAUCUAUGAGCCUAAUAGAUGUGAAUCCUGAAGUAUUAAUGAAUAUUAGUGAGAUCAUCUGCUACAGAGGGUACCCAAGUGAGGAGUACAUCAUCCAGACUGAUGAUGGCUAUUACCUUACCAUCAACAGAAUUCCACAUGGCAUAGAAAAUCCAGGGAACUCAGGUCCAAAGCCCAUCGUUCUUCUGCAGUCUGGCUUAGUGUUGGAGGGAAGCAACUGGGUUGCUAAUUUUCCCAACCACAGCCUAGGCUUCAUACUAGCAAAUGCUGGCUAUGAUGUAUGGAUUGGAAAUACCAGAGGGAGCACAGGGGCAAAAAAACAUGAUAAAUAUUCAGAUGACCAGGUGGAAUUUUCAUCUUACAGUUUUCAUGAAAUGGCUGUAUAUGACCUUCCUGCAAUAAUAAACUUUAUUCUUCAGACAACUGGGCAAAAGGAGUUGUAUUAUGUUGGCUUUUCGCAGGGCACCACCCUUGGUUUCAUUGCAUUUUCCUCAAUGCCAGAGCUGGCUCAAAAAAUCAAAAUGUUUUUUGCAUUGGCUCCUAUAACCAUAUUGCAGUAUGGCAAUACCCCCACGAUAAGGUUGCUCUUACUCCCUCAUGGUUUAAUCAAGGCUAUUGUUGGAAACAAAUAUUUCUUUAACAGGCCAAAGAUUGUAAACAAAAUUAUUACUCAGAUGUGUAGCUGUAAAAUAUUUCACUGGCUUUGUUCCUUGGUCUUUUCUAUUUCUGGUGGAUUUAAGAGUAGCCUAAAUAAGAAUCGCCUUGAUAUCUACAUGUCACAUUUCCCAGAUUCAACAUCUGUGCAAAAUAUACUUCACUGGGGCCAGACCUAUCAAACAGGGGAAUUUAAAAAUUAAGAUUAUGGCAGUGAAAAUAAAGCCAAGUACAACCAGACGGAUGCUCCCUUCUACAGGUUAGAGGAUAUGAAAGUGCCAACU